CUCGCGCGCUCAUCUCGCCGGGCGGCCUCAUGCAGGCUGAGCGCGGGGCUCGGGGCGGCCGCGGGCGGCGGGGCGGUCGGGACCGGCCGGGAGGGGACCGAGAGCGGGCCGGAGCCGCGGCGGCGCUGGCGAGAGGAGGCGGCGGGGACGGAGGCGGCCGGCGGGGUCGAGCGGGCUUCCGCGGAGGCCGAGGAGGCGGCGCCCCGCGAGGCGGCCGCCGGGAGCCUGGAGGCCGAGGCGGCGGAGCUGGCACACGGGUGGAAGAUGACAGUGAUUCAGAGACCCAUGGAGAAGAGAAUGAUGAGCAAGGACAUUUUUCUAGAAGAAAGAUUGUCUCUAACUGGGAUCGAUAUCAAGAUACUGAAAAAGAAGUCAAUGAUGAAAGUGGAGAAUCACAGCGGGGGACGGACUUCAGUGUCCUCCUGAGCUCUGCAGGGGACUCCUUCUCACAGUUCCGAUUUGCUGAGGAGAAAGAAUGGGAUGGUGAAACUUCAUGUCCAAAGCAGAACUCAGCACUCUAUGUGGAUAGUGAGUCACUGGUUCAAGCCCUUCAACAGCUGCCUCUCUCAGUCCGGCUCAACGUGGCUGCGGAGUUGAUCCAGACCACAAUUCCUCUGGAACUUCCACAGGUGAAACCAAGGAGAAAUGAUGACGGCAAGGAGCUGGGCAUGCAGUUAAGGGGGCCCAUCUCCGAGCUCAGAUCUGCUGUGGGUAGUUGUCCCAGGUCUGGCAAAGACAGUUUAAGACCAAACCCUCUAGAGGGUUUGCAGAAAGCCCCUCCCACCACAGUCCGUGCAGACCAUCUGGAAGAUGAACUGGACAUGCUGCUGCAUUUAGAUGCACCUGUGAAAGAGGAAGACAGAAUCUGUCUGGACCAGACAUCUCAGGACCAGGAACCAGAAAGAGAGGGGCAGGUGGCCCAGGAGGAAACAGUUCCUGAAAAACCAUCUAUGACCAGAGAGAAAAAUGUGGAACCUGAACAGACGAGCACAUCCAAAAAUGUCACUGAGGAAGAGCUGGAAGACUGGCUGGACAGCAUGAUUUCCUGA